UUUCCUGGUGUUUGCAAGAGUUGUUGGAAAGGGAGCGAGUAACGGGCAGUAUGGAAGAGCGCAGUGUUGCUGUGUAAAGCUAUGUAAUGCUGGGUCGUUUAGGGUGAAAAUCACAAUUCAAUUCAAUCCAGUCAUCUGGAUUUUAAAUGAAAAGAAUGAAUUCUUAUCUGCCAUUGCAUAAAACGUCUUGCACAGACUGAACAUUUUAUUUUAGCAGCUGCUUUUCAUAAAGAAGGGUGGAAAUUGAACUUGAGUGUGUAGGGGAGGCGGUUUCUUUCUUUUCUGUGAAGCCACUGGUUAAUCCAGUACUAAUUCCUGUGAACAAAUGUGCUAUUCCUGUUAUGUUUACAUUCACCUGUCUUUUCCUUUGCUGCAGAUAAGGUAGAAGAUAGUAAAAGAAGAGUGACCCCAUGAGCACUGUCAGAGUAGGAAUUCCCAAUUACAUAAAGCUCUUCCAAGGUACUGAAUUAAUGCAAACAUGGACAGGGGACAGAACCUCAUGGACCAAAACAAAUACAGCAUGAGAGCAAAUACAGGAGAGCAAGAAGAUCCAAGAGCAUACAAGUUGGUUUAAAAAGCUGUCAUCUAUUAAAUAUAUCACCUAAUGUAGAAUUAUUCUAAUUAUUCUGCAUUUGGACUAUGAGAGGUAUUCUGGUUCUAGGAAGCCUGGAGAGCAGAAACAUCCAAAGGAGCCCUCAUCCUUGCAGUGCAUGCAUCUGGCAGUGGUGGCAUGUGGGGACCGGCUGGAGGAGACGCUGAUCAUGCUGAAAUCCGCAGUUCUCUUCAGCAACAGGAGGCUCUGCUUCCACAUCUUUGCUGAGGAUUCCCUUAAGCCUGAAUUUGAGAAGAAGUUAAAGGAGUGGCCUUCCUCAUAUACAAAGAAGUUUGAGUCCAACUUUUACCCAAUAACCUUCUCAGUAGGAAAUGCUCAGGAAUGGAAAAAGUUAUUCAAACCAUGUGCUGCCCAGCGCCUGUUUCUUCCGGUGAUUUUAAAGGACGUGGAUUCCCUGCUUUAUGUGGACACCGAUGUGCUGUUCCUGAGGCCCAUCGAUGACAUCUGGCACCUCCUGAGAGAAUUCAACUCCACCCAGCUGGCUGCCAUGGCCCCUGAGCACGAGAUCCCCAAGAUUGGCUGGUACAGCCGCUUUGCCCGUCACCCCUAUUACGGCACCACCGGCGUCAACUCCGGGGUGAUGCUGAUGAAUUUGACACGGAUCCGCAGCACUCAGUUCAAGAACAGCUUGAUACCAGGUGGCUUGACCUGGGAGGAAAUGUUAUAUCCAUUGUACCAAAAGUACAAAAAUUACAUCACAUGGGGAGACCAGGAUUUGCUAAAUAUCAUUUUUUCCUUUAACCCAGAGUGUCUGUACGUGUUCCCCUGCCAGUGGAACUACCGGCCCGACCACUGCAUGUACGGCAGCAACUGCAGGGGGGCGGAGGAGGAGGGGGUCUCCAUCCUGCACGGCAACAGAGGCGUGUACCACGAUGACAAGCAGCCCACCUUCAAGGCCCUCUACGAGGUGAUCCGGGAUUUUCCAUUUGAAGACAAUCUCUUCCAGUCCUUGUACUACCCUCUGCAGUCAAAGUUUCUGGAUACAGUGCACACUUUAUGUGGGAGAAUUCCACAAGUAUUUUUGAAGCAAAUUGAGAAAACUAUGAAGAAGGUUUAUGAAAAUCGUGUCAUUGUGUACUUGGGGGCUAAUCACAGAUACUAACUGUAGCUCUCUUCUUACACAGAAGUUUUAAGUCCUAUACUCUAUUUCAUGAAGGAUAUAAAUGAAGAAUAUGAGCUCUUUUACUGAAACUCAGAAUUAAAAUAUUUUUUUUUCCAAUUUUCUAAUAACCCUUGAAAUUAAAAAAUGCAGGAAAUCCUAGAAGCCUAUGGAGAUUGUUACUGAGAACAGCAGGGGAAUCCUUUAUUUGUGGAGUACAGUUGUGACCUGCCUCCCCAGUCUCUUACAGUUAAGAAUGUAUUCUCUGGCUUGGUAAUGUGAAUUGCAUUAGGCACAGUCCAGGACUGUUGUCAAUGAAGAGUACAAACCCAGGUACCAUUGAUCCAUUUUCCUCUUCAAGUGCUAUUCCCUGCACAGUAACAGUGGUAUUUUACUGCCAGACAGUUUUCCAUCCCUGCCUCCCCUCUUCUGCAUGGAAAUGUAUUUCUGCCUUGUGCUUCCAUUUCUGGGAUCACAGAAACAGAGAAUUCUAGAAUGGUUUGGGCUGUAAGGGACCAUUAUGGGUAUCUUGUUCCACCCUCUGCCUUGGGCAGGGACACCUUCCACUAGACCAGGUUACUCCAGCCCCAUCCAACCUGACCUUGAACACUUCCAGGGAUGGGGAAGUUGGGAUCUUUAUGCUGGGAUCAUAAUGAAUAGCCUUAAAGUGGAAGGGGAUACAAGAUGGUUUUGAUGUUUAUUUAAAAUACUUCAUUUAGCUUCAGCUUCCAAAGUAUGAUCAUCAUCUUGUGAUAUGCACAAAGAGCUUGUUUCAAUCGCAGUAGCUGAAAGGUGCUUGGGACCAGUCCCUGGGGAGCUGGAAGUGAGGACACUCCUACAGAGCAGAUCCAAGAGCAAACUCACUCCUGAAGAGCAACAAUCCAAGAGCAGACUCCCAGAGGGCAUUUUCUAGGUGUAAGCCCCAAAGGUGUGUGUAGGAGUGCUUCAAGGAAGCAGGAGAGAAAAUGAUGUUACUUUUCAAGUCUGUUCAGCAGAAAACUGAAACAUGAAAACAUCAGCCAUGACUUGGAACUGCUCAUUUUUUUAUUUAACAGGCAAAGUAGGAGUGGGGUGAGCCAGGGUGAGAUAAUGAAGCCUUCCCCUAAUGAAAGGAAAACUGGCACAGAUGGGAUAUCCUGUGCAUGUAUCAUGCAUUUGUUAGAAAUGCUUGGGGACUGUGGAUGAGGGAAAGGAUACAUUCACAAAGUUAAAAUAAGAUUUCUGAGGAAUUGCAGUUUUGGGCAUUCUCCCCUAUCCAGCCAGGACUAAUGCAGGAUUUCAUAAGAAAACAGACUCCAGGAGUCUCCCUUUUAGCUCUCACAUUUCUCUCUCCUCGUCUGGCAGUUCCUGAGAGGAGGGAAAACACGACCUUGGUGCCAUCCCAGGCUGACAGAUAAGAGCCUGUGCAUGGGAUGGAGUUCCAGAAGUCUUUUCCCAAACCCUGGAGUGUGAGAGUGUCCGUGACACUGCCUGGCAGAGAGCAGGGCUGCAGGCAGCUGAGUGGGGGAGUGGUGGGACAGGGGCUUUGUAGUGAGGGACAGCAGAGCUGCUGGACCUCACAGCAUGACAGGAACAGAAACCUUGUUUGCACCUCUGCUGCAAAUCGUAAUCACACUUUGAUUAAACAAUGUGUUCUGACUCCAGCCCUUAUCUCACAGUGUUUGCCACCUGAGUGUAAAUUGACAUGUGAAGGACACAGAGGCAGCUGGACUGUUGUGAUUGAAAGCCUGGGACACAGAAAGUCAUUUAAACUUGAGCAGAGGUGCCUUUCCAACUUGUCUUAGGAUUUUCUAUUUCAGCUGAAAUUUCAGUUGCCUAUUUAAACAAGAGUUCACUUUUGCCUACUGAGAGGAGUUUGAAAUAUAACCCAAAAGGGCAUUGAAGAUUUCAGAACCAGAAGGCAGAGAAAAGAAGGUAAAGCUGCUGAUUUAAAAAAAUUAAAAAAAUGUAUGACAGGUAAACCUUCAGGCCAGCAAUUCUGAGAGCUUGUAUAAAGUAUUAGCUUGCUUUUGGUCUUUAUUUUCAAGUAUCAGGGUAAAGCUGAUGCAGGUCUAACGAGGCUGGUGGAGCUGCAUGCUGCGCAGAAUUCCUGAUUUCCAUGGUGUCUCCAAGCCACAGAAAGCUGCAGAGCAAAGUCUUGCUGCCCAGACAGUUGCAGCCCCAGUGCUGGGGCUCUGGCGUUUCGGAGGCUGUGGUUGUGUAAGCUGUGAUUCAGCGGAACCCUGCAACUGCGGGCACAUUCAAAUCCAGGAGAGGAAUUCAUUACAAAACAAAGGCAUUAUUGCAUAUGAACUGAUUAGAGAUUAAAGCAGUGCUUUUUUUGUUCACAGGAGGUGCUACAUUUUGUUUAGGAAGAACUGAGUUAUGUUCUCAACAGCUAUUAAAUAUAUGAAGUACUUGCUUUAACAUGAAGACUCUUGUUAAUGUAAUGUCAGCGGGCAGGAAGAAUGGGGGAGGUUCCCCCCUGCUGGGCUUUUUCUGAGGAAAAAAGCAAUAAUUUGAGCUCUCCAAAGUGUUUUAAAACAAUUAUGUAAGUUUUUUUGCUGUUGUUGUUAGAAUUAUUAAUUUAUAUUUCACUACAGCUUCCAAAACUAUGUUAUAUUUUAGCUUUAACAGUAGCUGAUUGUAAUAUUCAUCUUACUUAGAAACCAGUUUUAAUUCAUUUUGUAUUUCAUACUUGUGGCUAAUUCCAUGUUAAUUAGGCUUCAUUUAUCUUAAUAAUAGGAUGUGUAAAUACUUACAAAGUCUUUAUGUCCUCAUUUCCCCUUCCUCUCCUGUGUUUUAGUUAUUUCCAAUGGUAUAAUGGAUAGAGCUCACCAGCAUUUUGCUUACAGGGGAAACUGGAAACUGCUCAGUGUGUGUGUGUGUGUGUGUGUGCACAGCACAAGCGUGUGUGAAAAAUGUCCCUUUUCUCUGCCACUGAAUUGCUUGUGGAUUUUUCUUUGACAAGUGCACUGAUUGUUACAGCUCCCAAGGAGGCUGAGCAGUGCAUUUCUGGGUUGGGGAUGGUCCUUUGGCUUACAAUACAAAUAAAUGAAAUUUUAAGCAAGCUCUGUAAUUUGUUAAGUUUCUUUUAAAUGCAAGCUUUUGUGUUGGUCUGGUUGGGAUAGAGUUUUGUAGGUGUGCUGUUAUAGUGUGCAUAUACAGGGUUUGACAGCAGGGAACACAAAUAAAUGUUCCUCUUUUGCAGUUUUACUGUAGUGAAAGAGUCUGAUAUUGGAUAUAAAGAGACAAAUACAUUUAACUUCCCCCAAAGUGCUCGUGUGUCAUGCUGCAGCUCCAGUUGUGUUAUGGUGAGCAUAGAUCAAAACCUUCUCUCAAAGGAAACUGGAGUUUUAUCUUUUACUCCUUUCUGUUUCUCCAUUAUGUUUCACUCCUUGGAGGUAAUUUAGCAGCAUUUCCCCUCCCUCCUUCUUGUAUGCAUUUUUUGACAUUCUUGUAUGGUCACUGCUGUGCUGUCCUUGCUUGUGCCAUCUCUGUGUGACAGAAUCUCCUGGGCUGCCUGUUCAGCACAACCCUGGUGGUGCUGACACUGUUUCCAGCUGGGUGUUGGGCUCAGCCUCAGCUCUUUGAAGUCAAAAUAAGGAUAAAACAAUCAUUGACCUUGAUGGGCAGAGGUGGGCCAGCAGUAGAACACCAGCCUGUGGGUGGGUUCUGGAAAGGCUGUGGGUGUGUGGGGUGUGUUACACACGCACAGUGUCAUCACUGCUCGAUGAUCCAAGGUUUUUCACUUGCAAAUGUGGCUCCAGCCAGUGUUGGUGUGGGGAGAAGAGAGGUUUCCCGAGUUGGGAAUAAAGUACAAGCAACUGGAAAAAAAACCAACAACUUGACGCUUUAUCAACUGCCAGAGUAUCCUUUUUUCCUCUCCAUCAGAUACAAUAAAUAGUGAUGGUAAGAAAUUGUGGGCACCCUUCCAGAUGUGAGAUGGGAUGAAACAGUCACCAGGAUACCAGGAGUCCUGCAGAGGCUGGAAAUAUUCCCCCACUGCUCUUGGGACAAGUGCUUGUGUGUGCUGGGAUCAGCCUGCACCUCCCGCUGGCAAGAGAUAAGGAAUUGCUAUUUGAGCUUCAGAAGACAGAGCAAUGUUGGGAAAUUUUGCUUUCAUUCUGGAUGAGAAUACAAACCAAAUUGUCAACACUUCCUUUGAAAUGAAAAUCCAGACAAAACACCAAAUUGAGGCUCAGCAUUGAAGAUGAACAAAGCACUUUGUUAAUGUUUUCUUUUGAGGUAAAAUAUUUUAGUUUGACUCUCACAUUUCUGUAAAUGUACCUUAAUUGCUGCUGCUGUUACUUUGUGAAAACUAUGUUAUAGCCCAAAAGUGUGUAUGUAUAGUUUUGGUAACUAAUACUGAAAUACUGAUACAGAAAUUACAUGGCUCUUUAUUUUAAA